AUGGAAAAAAUUGUCGAUUUCAAAUAUGUUAAUAGAGUUCAUAAUCCACAUCCAAGAGAAUUUUUAGGUGGUUAUCAUACUGGUGCUGUUUGUAAACAUGAUUCAAAAGGUCGUUUAUUACCAAUCAAACAUGAAAGAUAUCUUGUUUCUUAUACUGGUAAUACUGAUCCAAGACGUUAUAAGAAUUCAUUAUAUGCUAAUCCACUUUUACAUAAGAAUGGUUAUCAUGAAAGACAUUUCUUAUUAAAAGGUAGAGAAUAUUUUGUACCAAUGUACUUUGAACGUCCAUAUUACAUUGAACAAUGUACAUUGAAUGAUACAAUCACUCGUUCAGAUUUAUCAAGAAGAAAUCCAAACAAUUCUCAUGUCCUUGCCGCAAGAUUGGAUGACUAUGGUAGAUACCAUUAUCAACAAGAACCAUUAUAUCAAGAUAAAAUGGCUAAAGAAGCCUUCAAAUUGGCUAAAGCUGAAAAGAAGAAUGAAUACGUUGCCAAUAAAGCAGUACUUCAAAAAGAAGGUCUCAUUAGAGCUGUUGAAAGAAAUGAUAAACUUAAUAAAACUCAAAUUGCACCUGAAAGACCAAUUUUCAAGAAUGAUACUAUGGUUAUUGAAGAACCAGUGCUUACAAAUACAAUUGUUUACGAAACAGUUCCAACUACUUCAACUUCACAAAUUUUAAUUCCACAAGAAACAAUCAUUACUGAAAAUAAAACAUUUGAACAACCAACUUUAGAGAAACAAACAACUACAACAACCACCACUACUACAACAUCAUCAUCAUCUGAAGGUAGCUCAAAUGUUGCCCCUCCACAAGAAACUUUUGUUCCACAAUUAGAAAAGGAUGAAGCUCCAAUUUAUAGAGAAGAAGUUGUUUUGGUUCCACACAUUGAAGAGGAUACUUUUGAUUCUGGUAAUCAACAAUUAAGUUAUUCUGAAAUUACUCAAGUUCCAGUUCAAAUGACAAGUAGUGAAUUUGGUGGUGGUGGUGGCAACAAUAGUGGUUCUUCAGGUAGAAAAGGUAAAAAAGGUAAAAAACAACAAUAUCGUAAAGAAAUCAUUACAAAACAAUCAACUGAUGGUGGUAAAUCUUGGACAAAUGAUUCAAACUUGGCUGGUGAUAAUGUUGAAUUUAUUCAAGAACAAACAACAAUUAGAAAUCAAUAA